AUGAGGCAUCACCACUUUCAAUCCAUUCAGGGCUCUCUUUUGGUCCUGUGGGCUGUGAUAAGCAGUUCUCAGCAACAGUGGCCCACCAAGGUGGCCGACGAGGUUCGAUGUCCGACAUUCUUUGACACUCCGGAUUGUAGUUGCGAGGCCAGUCCUGAUGGAUUGGACUUCGAUUGCAAUUCCGCUACUGUGGGAGACAUCCAAUCCAUCAUCAGUGCGGCCAGAUUUGUCAUCAAGACUCUUUCUGUGGCCAAGUUUGAUCAGAAUGCGACCUGCCUGUGCGACAAGAUCUUCACCAACGGGAGUGUGACUACGCUGAGCUUUGCCAAUUCUCGCUUGACCUCCAUCGGCGAGAAUGUGUUUGACGCUCCAGCAGUUCGAUUACAUACUUUGAAUCUUCAUAACGCUGAGCUCACCACUCUCCCACGGGCCGUGGGUAAAGUCUCAUCCCUCCGUCAUCUCGAUCUAGAGGCCAAUAAGAUCAGGGAGAUUUUCGCUUACACCUUCUUUGGUCCCUCAAAACUGUCAUACAUCAAUUUGAAAGGCAAUCAACUGGACUCCUUGGCCGAGAACGCUUUUCUAGGCCUGGAGAACAACCUGCGCGAGCUCAAUCUCAUGGAUAACCAAUUCCAAAGCUUUCCCCUUUCGGCUGUGAAAAUUUUGAAAAAGCUGCAAAAUCUCAAUAUGGCGGGCAAUCUCUUAGAGAACGUCACUUUCGAGUCAUUCAGCCGAUUAGACUCGUUGAAACAGCUCGACUUGAGCCGAAACCAGUUCUCUAUUCUGGCCAAGGACACGUUUGAGUCGCUACCUAAUCUCCAACGAGUGUCAUUAUCAGGAAAUAGGAUUAAGGUGAUUGAGGCGGGCGUCUUCGAUGGCUUGCAUGACCUGGAAACCCUCGAUUUGAGCCAGAACAGCCUCUCGGAACUCCCACGUGAUAUCUUUUUGCGCACCAGUCGCCUUCUCCGAGUGGACCUCUCCCACAAUCGACUUCGAGGCAUUAAGCACGUGUUCGUGGAUCUGUAUGCCUUGGAGGAGGUGUUCCUCAACGACAACCUACUCCUGUCCCUGACCAAUCAUUGGUUCAGUAACACGCCUAACUUGAAAGUCAUUCAUUUGGAGGGUAAUGUGAUUUCAGAGAUCAGUGAUAACGCUCUUCAUGCCCUGAAAAGGCUGACUCAGCUCUAUCUCAGUCAUAACUUUCUAAGUAAGAUAACAGCCAGCCACUUUCGCUACAAUGUGGCUCUCACGUCCCUCAGCGUGGACAAUAACCACAUCGAGGCAAUCGAUAGGCAAGCUUUCUACGGGGUGCCCAAGCUCAAACAGCUCAAGUUACAAAACAACAUAAUUCGUCUCAUCCCCAGGGACUUGUUCUCUUCCCUGAUCUCAUUAAAUGAACUUCAUUUGGAAGAUAACAAGAUCGUCGAGAUCGAACCCCAAGCUUUCGCAGGCCUUGCCAAUCUGCAACAUCUUGACCUCACCGGAAACUGGUUGCCAAAACUGGAGGAUAUCAUGAUGCGAUAUCCCAGUGCUUUGCGAACAGCCUACCUGGACGCCAAUUAUCUGGAAUCGUUUCACAAGGAGACGUUCUCGGGACAAACUACUGCGGAAAUCCUCUCUCUGUCCAACAACAAACUCGAGCGAAUCCCCGCCAAUGCUUUUGUGGAGCUCAUCAAUCUCUUCCGGCUCAAUUUGGCCCACAACAGGCUUCUGGAGAUUGAAGAUAACGCUUUCAUUGGACUGCAUCAGCUCCGCUAUCUGGAUCUCAGUCAUAAUCGUCUGGCCCAUCUCUCAGCUCUCACGCUCCGGGGGCUUCAACAAGCUGACACGGUGGACUUGAGUUACAAUCGAAUUAGCGCCGUCGAGAGCGAAGCCUUCACUGGUUUCCAUCACCUUAAGCAUCUCGAUCUGUCCCACAAUCGAUUGCGCGUGUUGAAAAAUGGGGCUUUUCGCGGGUGCCUCACGCUCAAGACCCUUCUGCUCAACAACGCAGGGGUCAAGACAAUCCAGGCUAAUGCCUUGGCAGACUUCAAAGUGUUGGAUGUGCUCAAUUUGCGGGGGAACGAACUGGCCAUUCCCGAUUCGAUCUUGCGUCUUCGCACCUUGGUCUCCGUGAGGACAUUGGUUUUAUCCGGAAAUGAUCUCUCCAAUAUGAGCUUCGUUGCCAACAAAGGUGAUCUGAAUCUUGAUCCCAUGGAGCACUUGGAACGACUCGAAUUAGAACGGUGCAAUCUGUCCAACUUCUCAUCACGUUUCUUUCGCCAGAACGACAAGUUGAAAGUGAUCAAGUUGGGUGAGAACAAACUUGCCGCUUUGAAAGCGGGAAUGUUCAAAAAGCAAGUUUUUCUCCAAGAGCUCAGCUUGGACCAUAAUCAAUUCAAAGCGGUGCCAGGGGCUGCUUUAAAGUACUUGCUCCACUUAGCCACAUUCAACUUCAGCGGGAAUCAAGUCCGCUCUCUGGGCGAGUCUUCGUUUGAUAAUGUGGGGGGUCUGAAGCUGCUUGAUUUUAGCCACAAUGGCCUCCAAUCCGUGGCCGAGCGGGCGUUUCACAACAUCACUAACUUGCAGCAGCUCAUAUUGAGCCACAACCGACUCCGAGUUUUCGAGACCAGUACUUUCGUUCCCCUGGCCGCGUUACACUCGUUCAAUGCGAAGCAUAAUCAACUCGAAUUCAUCCCCGUGGCUGUGCAAGGUCUGAGAAAAGUACAAAUACUCGAAUUCAGCGGAAAUCCUUUGGAACGACUAAAGGAAAUCCCCGAAUCACGUGCAGUGAUGCUCACCAUGGAGAGCUUGAUUCUCACCGGGACAAAUCUGACCACGAUCUCACCCACUGACUUUGACCUAUUUCCCUCCCUGGUCACCCUCGAUCUGAGCGGGAACAAGUUGAGCCGAGUGGCUCCCUACGCGUUUCGAAGUCUGGCCAAAGUCCAAUCACUGGAUCUCAGUCGCAAUGACAUCAUUCACUUGAGCCGAGAACGCUUGUUCGGUCUCUUCCACUUGAAGACCUUGAACCUUUCUCGUAAUCAUUUGGGAUCUCUCGACGCGUUUCCCACGGACCUGGCCACCUUGGCCAUUUUGGACGUGUCAUUCAAUCGCUUGCGGAAUGUCGCCAGAGAUUCUCUGAAGCACCUGACUGGAUUGAUACGGCUUGAUUUGCGAGGCAACCUUCUGACGGCUUUGUUCCCUGAAGUGUUCCAUUCCCUCCUUUCUAUCAAGGCCAUCGACUUGAGUUGGAAUCAGCUGAGAGUUUUACCGCUGACGGAACUGGUGUCCGCCGAAGACUCCUUAGAAAGCAUCAAUUUCGAAGGUAAUCCGCUCGUCUGCUCCUGUCAAUCCUACUCACAAAAGACCUGGCUGCGACAGCAUCGAAAAUGGCUCAACAUGGACGUAAAAAGUGCCAAGGUCGGCCCUCAAUGUCACGAGCCAGGAUCAGUGGCCGACCGUUUCCUGCUCACGGUCAAAGACUCGGAUCUGUGUCCAUUGCCCUCUGUGAGUAGCCUCACCUUCAACAACAUCGAUCCCAACAACUUCCUCAUCACAUGGGAGAGCCCUGACACAAACAUGACUGGAUUGAAGGGGUUCAUUGUGGCUUAUCACAGAUUGGAUCAGAACGAUCAGGUGAAGAAAUAUCGAGUUGGACCCACUGUUAGAGGGUUCCGAAUCAAUAUGGUUGAUGAAAAUAGUCGAUACUUGGUGUGUGUGAUCACCAGAGGGAGUUCUUAUUUGGAUGGAGAGGACGAUUACGAUUACAUGGAUGAUUACGGCGGGGAAGACCUUUCAGAUGAAGCGGACAGUAAUCAGUUCUACGUCAUGCCUCUGGAGUUGACAGAGGAUGGCCAGACGUCCAGUGAUUUGGAACCAAAAGAAGCUGGCCACACCGCUCAAUCUGCCUCGAAUCCUCUGUUUGAGCAUUUCCUUCUAUUUGGCUUUGGCUCAUCAGACGACAAGGCAGACUCGAACGCAUCUUCGAAUGAUACUUUUUUCGAUCUCCUCUCUUACCCCAGUUCCAAUGACACCGAGCUGUUUGUGACCCGACCCACCGUGGUGAAUCUGGGAUCACAGAGCAGCAAGUGCAUACAGAUUCGAACCCCCCUGGAUCCAGCUAAGCUCUCCUUGAUUGACAAUAAGAGGGUCAGUGUCGUGAUAGGCGUCUCCAUGGGAUUGAUUGUGUUUGUGCUCAUUAUCAUCAGUAUUGUGACAGCGAAGCCCAAGCACAAGGAUGAUGACGAGGAAGACGUGCCCAUUACAGACUCGGGCAACAUGUCCCAAAAAUCGCCCAAGAACAGUAACUCAUUUCAACUCAAGCAGACGUCCUUGGAACGAAAUGGACCAACUACUACGUCAACUGCUCCUCCACCACCACGCUUGUCGAGGUCAGAAUCUCAAAACUCAAGUUUAUUGAGCAGACCUCAUCCACCACAUCCACAUCUCACGGAUGAGACCCCAAUUCAACCUGACAGACGGCGGAACAAGACCAAGGAUCGAACGCGCUCUAAUCCGAGCGAAUCCGGUACUUUGCUCCGACGAGGCAAUAUGUCGAGGCAAGUUAGUGAAGAAGCCAAGACCGCCAAGAACGCCAAGAACGCCACGGCCCUUCCCCUUCCACCAGAAGGGCCCGUUCCAAAGUCUAAUCGCACCCAACGGACUUUGGCCAAGCAGAGCUCAACAGACUCAGGUGAUUUAUCACGCCACAGCAGCUCAGACUCCAACCCCAGGCACUCUAGACGUAACUCGGAUGGUUAUGACGGGUACAAUCAUCAUCAAGAGGGCAUGAGAGGAACAGGCCUAGGCGGACAGACGAGUUGGCAUGGCACGCCUCGAGUGGGCCUGAGACAUAGAAAUACUAUGUUCGACAUGAGAGCCGACGCUUACAGCACGACUUUUCCUCGUCGAAACGCGGAAUCAGGAGGUUUGGGAAGAGUUCCAAAUUUUGCCUCUGGGAGUGGAAUGAGCUUAGAUAGCAGUAGCAAUCCCAAUUUACUGAAACGGAGAAGUGAUCCCAGCCACUUAGAAGGUUCAAACGGAUCCAUCCCGUUGAUUGAGUACUAUGUUGCGGAGACGAACCAUCGGGGAAACUUGAUGCCCUCGUUUCCGGCAGCAGGACCCCCCAUGUACCGACCUCCACCUCCACCCCCUGGAAUGGCUCAUACCCACGCCCACAAUCCCCAAUUCCAUCGAUUUCCAGGUGUACCACCGGGUUAUCCCCCUAUGAGGUGGUCCAGACCUGGACCCCCUAACCUCGGCUCAUCGAAAGCUCCCUUGCAUCAGCAGAGAGGGGCUGUGCUUAACAACUCAAUGUCCCCUCGGACUAAUCGAGGAGACAAUCACCCACUUCCCCCUCCACCAUCGGCUAAUCAAGUGCCCCUACAUCCAUCCCAUCUGUCUGGCAACCAUUCCGGACCCUCACCUGGCCUGCCUCUAGGGGCGCACACUCGCAUUGCCAAUCACGUGGGUGUCAAUGGGGGCGAGAACGGUUCUUUGGCACCUUCCAAUGGAGUCACAGCCGAGGAUUUGGAGAGCAUCGAUUACUAUCCAGAUGCUCCAACUACGCCUCGAAGUACCCUGAGCCGAAUGGCAUCUUCCAACUCUCUCGGCAGACCCCCUCCGCCCUCACCCAAUCCAUCGACUGUGGGGGGAGCGGGAGGCUCCAGAUCUUUCCUAAAGUACAACUCAUUUGCCAACUACUAGGAGCAAAUUUCAAUCACAACAAUCCACCCGAUUUGGGGGAAGGCCGACAACGGGGCCUUCGAAGGCGCACGGGGUCAUCCAGAUGGAUAUGAUGACAUGGAAACGACUCGAUCCCCCUCCUUUGUCUGGAGAAAAUGUGGCCAACACCGUUUAAGGCGGAAGAAUAACUAACUGUCUUCUUAGGGAAAGAGAGAUUGAGUUUUGAUUCUACAUGAGGGAGAGGAGGAGGAAGAAGAAGAAGAAGAAGAAGAAGAAGAAGAAGAAGAAGAAGAAGAAGAAGGAGGAGGAGGAGGAG